AUGGCAAAUACCCAAAACACUGAAACCACUGAUUCUUCUAAUCACACUGGAAACACAGGAAAUGCCCAGAUCAAUACCAACAGAAGCACCAUAGAUGCUUAUCACCCCUAUUUUCUUCACUCUUCCGACUCUCCAGGAAUGGCCCAUGUCAAUAACCCUUUUGAUGGCAAGGGUUACCAAGGUUGGAAGAGAACAAUUCUCAUAGCCUUGUCUGCUAAAAACAAGCUGGGUUUCAUCUCAGGAUCAGAUGUUGCUCCUUCAACAGAUUCUGCAGACCAUCAACUUUGGAGCAGGUGCAAUGAUAUGGUAACCUCCUGGUUGCUCAACUCUCUUUCAAAGGAAAUAGGAGACAGUGUCAUUUAUUUAAGAACUGCCAAAGAGUUAUGGGUCAGUUUGGAGCACAGAUUUGGCCAGUCUAAUGGGGCCAAACUUUAUCAUCUACAAAAGCAACUAAGUGGUUUAGUACAAGGAACAUCUAAUGUUGCUGGAUACUUUACUAAAUUAAAAGGGCUGUGGGAUGAACUUGAGUCAUUGAAUGAAAAUGUCAAGUGUAGUUGUUUGUGCAUUUGUGAAGGGAAACAGAAACUACAGAAAUCACUUGAAGAUGGGAGACUCAUUCAAUUCCUUAUGGGAUUGAAUGAUGUCUUGUCACACCCCCGAUGA